GAUGCACUGAUUCCUAUUGAACAAGCUGCAAGACAGAAGGUUGCAGAACUCUAUUUUGGAUACUGAGAAGAGUCGGGAUCAGUUCUAAAAGCAAUCUUGCAGGCUAAGGAGUCCAACCAAAUUGAGGGAAUAUAUGGAAGAAUGGGUGACCUUGGUGCUAUUGAUGCUAAAUAUGAUGUUGCCAUAUCAACGGCUUGCCCUGGACUUGAUUAUAUUGUAGUGGAAACAACAGGUGUAGCACAAGCAUGCGUUGAGCUACUUCGGAGGGAGAAUCUUGGUGUUGCAACUUUCAUGAUAUUGGAGAAGCAAGUUGAAUUUUUACGCAAGUUGAAGGAGAAGAUAAGCACUCCAGAGGGAGUUCCGCGUCUUUUCGAUUUAAUUAAAGUUCAGGAUGAAAGAAUGAAACCUGCUUUCUUUGCAGCACUGGGAAACACUGUUGUAGCUAAGGAUCUUGACCAAGCAACACGUAUUGCAUAUAGUGGAAACAAAGAAUUUCGACGUGUGGUAACACUUGACGGUGCUCUUUUUGAAACAUCUGGUACAAUGAGUGGUGGAGGAAGUAAGCCUCGUGGUGGCAAAAUGGGGACAUCUAUUCAAGCUUUUAGUGUGUCGUGA